UGUGCUGGGCGCGGCGGCCUGCGCUCGCUCCUCGGGGACGCGCGGCGAUGAAGGCGGGCGUGGUUCACUGUAGAUGUUCCAGGUGUUUUUCUUUCCCUUCGAAGAGAAGGAUAAGAAAACGGCCUCGAGUCCUGACCUUGUUAAGUCUGCCUGAGGAUGUUCUGUUUCAUGUUCUGAAGGGCCUUCCUGCUGAGGACAUCCUCUCAGUCAGAGCUGUGCACUCACAUCUGAAAUACCUGGUGGAUAAUCAUGCUAGUGUUUGGGCAUGUGCAAGCUUCCAAGAAAUAUGGCCUUCUCCAAACAACCUGAAGAUGUUUGAAAGGGCUGCUGAAAAGGGGAACUUUGAAGCUGCUGUGAAGCUGGGGAUAGCAUACCUGUACAAUGAAGGCUUGUCCAUCUCCGACGAGGGUCGUGCAGAAGUGAAUGGAUUAAAGGCCUCUCACUUCUUCAGCCUGGCAGAGCGUCUCAACGUGUGUGCAGCCCCUUUUAUCUGGCUUUUCAUCCGGCCUCCCUGGUCUUUGAGUGGAAGCUGUUGUAAAGCUGUGGUCUAUGAGAGUCUGAAAGCAGAGUGUCAGCUGGAGAAGGCUCAGAAAGGAUCUAUUCUCCACUGCUUGGCUAAGGUCUUGAAUCUCUUUGAGGAUGAAGAAAAAAGGAAAGAAUCCCUUGAAAUGCUUGAAGAAUCUUCAAAGCAGGGUUGUCUAAACAGCUCCUACCUCCUUUGGGAAAGUAACAGAAAGGCUGCUAUGUCAGAUCCUGGCAGAUACCUCCAAAGUCUCAGGAAGCUACGAGACUAUGCAGCAAAGGGCUGCUGGGAAGCACAGAUAGCUUUAGCCAAAGCUUGUGGGAAUGGAAGCCAACUAGGAUUAGAAGCAAAAUCUUCCAGUGAAAUGGUGUCUCAGAUCUUUCAGACUUCCCUUCCUAUCAGCAAGCAAAGUAUCUUCUCAGUGCAGAAAGGAAUGAAUGAAACAAUGAGGUACAUCCUGAUUGAUUGGCUGGUAGAAGUAGCCACCAUGAAAGACUUCUCUAGCCUGUGCCUACACAUGACAGUGGGAUGUGUGGAUCGUUAUUUGAAGCUGAGACCUGUUCCACGGGCUCGACUCCAGCUCCUGGGAAUAGCCUGCAUGGUCAUUUGCACACGUUUCAUCAGCAAAGAGAUCUUGACAAUAAGGGAAGCUGUUUGGCUCACAGACAACACCUACAAGUAUGAAGACUUGGUCAGGAUGAUGGGGGAGAUCAUUUCUGCCCUAGAAGGAAAGAUAAGGAUACCCACCAUUGUGGACUACAAGGAAGUGUUGUCAAACGUGGUCUCUCUGGAGAGGAGAACCCUUCACCUUUACAGCUUCAUUUGUGAGCUGUCUCUCCUAAACACGAGCCUCUGUGUGUAUUCCCCAGCUCAGCUGGCUGCUGCAGCACUGCUGCUGGCCAAGAUCCUGCAAAGGCAAGCACACCCCUGGACCAGCCAGCUGUCUGAGUGCACCGGUUUCUCUCUUGAAGACCUCUUACCCUGUGUCCUAAGCCUCCACCAAAAGUGUUUCCAUGAUGAUGUCCCAAAGGAUUACAGGCAGGUGUCCUUGACUGCAGUGAAACAACGCUUCGAAGACGAGCGUUAUGAAGAAAUAGGCAAAGAAAAGAUGAUGAGUUACAGCCACCUCUGUUCGUUGCUGGGUGUGAAACAGGAGGAGCCAGAGCCUAGUCCCCUGCACACAAACGUGGUGGAAAUUCAGACUUUCCUUAGCUCUCCCUCUGGAAAGAGAACUAAAAGGAGGAGAGAAGACAGCAUUCAGGAGGACAGAGGCAGCUUUGUGACUACACCUACGGCAGAGCUAUCCACUCAGGAAGAGAGUCUUCUAGAUAACUUCCUAGACUGGAGUUUAGAUUCCUGCUCUGGUUAUGAGGGUGACCAGGAGAGUGAAGGCGAGAGAGAUGGAGAUGUGACAGCUCCCAGUGGGAUCUUGGAUGUUACAGUGGUCUAUAUGGAUCCUGCAGAGCACUGCUGCCAGGACUCCAGUGAUGAAGACACCUUAGCUCUGGAGUGGGCUGGACAUGCACCACCACUGAGGGAGGCCAAGCUGCUGCCAGAUGCCACUGCCAGCCUUUCACCAUAUCUCACCCCAAGAAAUCCAAAGCUGGAAGGGAGCUCAGGCUACUCUUCUGUCAACAGUGCUAGUCCCACAUCAUCUGUGGAAGGCAGCCUUGGAGUACCUCUGAAACCUACCUCAGCCCUGCCCAAGGAGCCAUGCCUGCCUCAGGACCUGCACUUGUGUUUACAGGCAGGCUGUGCCAGGCCCAGUGAGGGCAAGUGUGACAGAAGGCAAGUCAAAAGAAAAAACGUGGCAGAACACAGUGAAGAAAGGCUGAACUUGGGCUUCCUGAGCCUCUGAUCUCUUCACACUCUGUCCUUCCUGCAAACAGUAUUUCUGUUGUAGUCAUACAGGGGAGAUAGUGAAUAAUGGUCAAUACCUCCAAAAAGAGCCUUUCCCCUCACCUUUGCCUGUCUUGUACUUCUCUAGCUCAUUUCUGUGCUGUUUCCUUCCCUGACAGCUCCCUUCUUAAAGUACUCCCUUGUGUCUGAUCCUCUGCAAAUGAUGAUUCCUCUCUCCACAUAGGAAACUUGAUAGCUCUCUUGUUUGGGUUUUGUCAUACCUCACUAGUUACUCUUUGGUGAUAGAAAAUAACUUGUCCUGUCCUUUGCUGUGUGGCCUGGCACCAUCAAAGAAAGGAACUGACUGUGGUUCCCAAGUUACUGGAUGUAACACUAUGCUUGAAUCCUUCCACUUGAAAGACCUUUUUGAGGUUGUGCUGCCUUUUUCUGGCCAGGUACUGUCUCACUCAGCUGGUGCUUCCCUCUUCUGUGUAUAAAUCAUGUGCUGCACUGAUACAAGGUUUUUAUGGAUACAAUCAAGAGGUAAAUGAAGGCUCACUGCAGGUCUGAGCUUUUUUACCUGCCUCUCAGAUGGUUUAACCCCAUUUGCCCCUGGCUCUAGUUGCCAUGUUUUCCUUGCCUGAAAAAAAUUCCUCCUGUGCCUUAAUGCUCCACUGCCCAGUAACACUGUGAUCUCUGCUGGCCCAGGGGGCUUGAACUGCCACCUCCUUCCUGUCUUGCACCAUCUUCCUUGCUCUUUCCACUCAUGUGGAACAUCACUUGAACACUAGAAGCAGGCAGCAAUGCAGGCAGGACAGACAGCCUCAAUUUAAGCCUUCCUCGCUGCAAGGGCAGCAGAUGCUUUCUGUUGUCAACAAUGAAGUCUGUGCUGCUUCAAUAAGGAGUUGAGAAGCCACCCAGCCUGACCUCAGCCUCACAAGCCUGGGUUAAAGCUCCUUCAGCCUGUGAAAGGUCUGGAAAACAGCCUUGUGUUUACAAACAGGGAGUGGGUAUUGAAAUAGCCAAGGUACAAGCCUUCCAGGAGACAUCACUGAGUUGAACACUGGAACUGGACUCCACUCCUCUUCCUUUGUGUGGAAGUUACUGGGGCAGAGGGCAACAG